AUGCCAACCUCCCCGCCGUACCUGCGCGGCUACCCGGUCGAGAAAAGACGUGACGUCUGGCUACAGUGGGCUUUUGAAAACAUCAGCCCAGUCUUCAACCGCUUCCCCGGAGAGCGCGCUUACGUCGUUUUCCAGUUGGAAAAUCUCGAGUGGAUAGGAAACUGCUCCCUUCCUCCCGCCAACAGCGACUCGGACGCCUGGUGUCGCCUCAAGCAAACUUGGGGACCCGCCGAGACGCCUCCUAAGGGAACCAUUCCCUCAGUGGCCGACUGCGAGGUCGUGCGUCUUUUGAACAAGGGCUACGUUCACGAGUACAUCGAGCUGAACCUGAGGAAGCACGGCUGGGAUCCCUACAAAUGCUGCGAUCCGUCUCUCAAAGUCGAGCAGAAAAGACUCAACGCUCCUUCCCCGGCAAAACCUUCUUCCUCGGCGGCGGCGACUCCUGCUUCGACUGGUGUUCGUUCGUCUCCGGCGGCUUCUUCCUCCAAGACAACUCCUUCCUCCAUGACAGCUUCUUCCUCCACGACAGCUUCUUCCUCCACGACAGUUCCUGCCUCGAAGACAGCUCCUUCCUCAAAGACAACAGGAACUGGGGUUCCCACCAAUGGAGCGACACCCGGCGAAUUACGUGAUCGCUUGAUACGUGCUAUGUCUUCGCCCUCCCGAGGUGCUUGGACACCUGGACGUGGGACUUCCUCAUCUGUCCGAGGCACCUCAUCGCCUACGCGCAUCCCCUUCGCCCAUUCGUGGCGGUUCCCCAUCAGGUCGCGGUGGAAGAGGUCCUGCUACCGCUGGACGGGCUGGCAUCGCUUCUGGACGUGGCGGCCUGUCACCAAGACCUUCUCGGCGUACAGAGACUACCCCUUCUACCCCAGGCUUGCCGAAGCCAACAACUUCUUCCCCUUUCAAGCCCCCGACAAGACCGAUCGUCAAAGAGGAAGGCACGCCUUCUCCUGCUGUGCCAGUGAACCGGAACGCUGGUUUCGGGUCCACUGGAUCUCAAAAGCCUACCCAGGCAGCCCCGAAGGCUCACGCAUGGACACCCACGUUUGGAUCGGUGCCGGCUGCUUCCCAAGCUGCACAAACCAACUCGACCAACAACCGUCAGGAAGCACAUUCGGCGAGGAGAAGGACUUUGGUGGACGGGGUUGGCUCUUCGGGCAGCCCGAAACCCCAAGCCUGAAUAAAUCAACAGCCUUCAACACGUCUGUCUCUGAAGGGGGAGUUUCGGGAAUCAAGAAUGCUGGAGGAGGCUCCACCGAGAAUCAAACGAAGCGUCAUGCCUCUCCGGGACAUCAAACCGGCAACCCAACGGUCGAAAAACACAACACUCCGUCUCGAGGGGUACCUUCGUCUUCUAAGCCUGUCGUCAGCAGCGGGGUUCCCUUCGGUGACAACAAAGGUAGUGUUGGCGGCCGUGUUAUCAUGAACCCACCGCCUGCAGUUGAUCCGUCCAUUGCUGUCCAGGAUCCUGCCAAAUCAUACGACGAGCUGAAGGGAGACUCAUUUGGAAGACGUCCCCGCAGCGUUCCUCUGGCAAAGGAUUUGACUCCGCAGAACGUGGAAUGCACCCUACAAUCUCACAACAGUCAGUCGCGGCCGGCGGCCGAGAAAAAGAUUAAGACACAGUCUCCAGCCAUCGAGAAUCUUCAAACGACAGUCACGCCGAAGGAAGAGCACCUUCAUGUGAAUGACGAUCUACACAAGAACAACAUCGAGAGAAUGUCGGCCAAACUUUUCAAGAGUUCUCGCCCAACUCUCCAUGCUUACCUCCGUGACGAGAUUGAGGCCAUGUCGAAAACCGUCAUGGGCAACAUGAGAAAGCGCACUGUGGAGGUGCUCGGCCGUCAAUCAAACUCUCAUCUCGGAUUCGCUACUCUUCGAGACGUCGAAGAACUCACGCUCGCAAUGAUGGAAGCCGAGAUAAACUCGGCGAGGAAAGCCGCCUUGGAACAGAUUGACAAGCUCGACAAGCAAGGCUCAGAUGUCCCGAUCAAGCGCGAAGCUAGCGAGCUCGAGGGAGGACGAGUCGCUGAACAUGCUCGAGAAGCCAAGCGCCACCGCACCUCCAACAGUGCCAGCUCGCAGGAUUGUGUUCAGUCAUGA